UUGUUUCCCAAGCAUGACAGCGGCGUGGAGAGUCCUGCUGCUGGGGGCUUGUGUCUGCAUCUGGCUUCCAGCUCAGGCCCGAGGAGCUCUGGUCAUUUCCAGGAGAGAUGCUCUGACACAGGAGACUGAAGAAGCUAUGGGCACCAGGUCAAUAAAGAAAAGAAGCACAAACUCUGCAAAUAUGGUGGAGGUGAACAGCGUCAGAGUCAGCUGCACGGUGACGUCUCGUUUCGCUCACACCGUCAUGACCUCCAAGGCCCUGAACACAGCAAACUCCUCCCAGGAAAUCUUCUUCGAAGUGGAGCUGCCCAAGACCGCCUUCAUCACCAACUUCAGCAUGGAAAUCGAAGGUCAGGUGUAUGCUGGGGAGGUGAAGGAGAAAGAAAAAGCUAAGAAACAAUAUGAGAAGGCUGUUUCCUCUGGACAGACGGCUGGACUGGUCAAGGCCUCUGGGAGGAAGAUGGAGAAGUUUUCAGUGUCUGUCAACAUUGCAGCCAAAAGUAACGUGACUUUCAUUCUGACAUACGAGGAGCUCCUUCAGAGGAAACUGGGCCAAUAUGAGAUUUUAACCCGAGUUAAACCCAAACAACUGGUGCAGGAGUUUCAGAUUGUGGCAGACAUCUAUGAGCCUCAGGGCAUUGACUGUGUUGAUGCCACUGCAACUUUCCUCACGAAUGAUCUGCUCCCCCUGGUGGAGAAAACUGUCACAGACACAGAGGCACACAUCUCUUUCUCACCAACAGUGGAGCAGCAGAGGAAGUGUCCAGGAUGUGAAGGCACCAUAAUUGAUGGUGAUUUCAUCAUCAAGUACGAUGUGAAACGAGAAGAGGGCGCGGGGGAAGUUCAGGUUGUGAAUGGAUACUUUGUGCACUUCUUCGCUCCCCCUGGCCUGCCCAGAGUCCCAAAGAAUGUGGUGUUUGUGAUUGACAGGAGCGGAUCAAUGAGUGGAAAAAAGAUUGCACAGACCCGGGACGCAUUGGUUGCCAUUCUGAAAGAACUCCAUGAGGAGGACCACUUUGCUCUCAUCCUGUUUGAUUCCAGUAUUGUCACCUGGAAGGACGUUCUCUCCAAAGCAACUCAGGAAAAUGUGGCCAAAGCCAUUGCCUACGUCAGGAAAAUAAAAGACAACGGAGGCACAGAUAUCAAUAGCGCUGUGCUGAGGGCAGUGAGCAUGCUGGGGAGAGAAAGAGGAGAUAAGAGGCUCCCAGAGAGGAGUGUGGAUAUGAUUAUUUUACUGACUGAUGGGAUGCCAAACCACGGGGUGUCAAACCUCCCAACAAUCCAGGAGAAUGUGCGUUCUGCUAUUGGAGGAAACAUGUCUCUGUUCUGUCUCGGCUUUGGAAAUGAUGUGGAUUACUCCUUCCUGGAUGUGAUGUGCAGACAAAACAAGGGGCUGGCCCGCAGAAUAUAUGAAGCUUCAGAUGCAGCUGUUCAACUCAAGGGUUUCUAUAAUGAAGUGUCCAGCCCUCUGCUCUCGGAGGUGGAUCUGCGUUAUCCUGACAAUGCAGUGAACUUUGUGACCAAAAAACACUUCAGCCAGUUGUUUAAUGGCUCAGAGAUCGUGGUGGCUGGACGGCUGAGAGACAGUGAUCUGGACAGCUUCUUGGUGGAAGUGUUUGCCCAGGGGUCGGACAAUGACUUCCAAGUGCACAGAAGGGCCAGCGUGGUAAACUGGGGGGUGAUCUACCCAGAACUGGAGUACAUCUUUGGGAAUUUCACUGAGCGUUUGUGGGCCUACCUCACCAUCCAGCAGCUACUGGAGGAUAGUGACAUUGGUACUCAGCAAGACAAAGACAUUAUGACAGUCAAGGCAUUGGACAUGUCUCUACGGUACAGCUUCGUCACCCCUCUCACCUCCAUGGUGGUUACCAAGCCUGAAACUGAGGACGGACCAGACAGCCCUCUCAUUGCUGACAAGCUGACUGAGGACCAGCGACAGAAAGCAGAGAGACACCGUGGCCCUGCAGCCGAUGCUCGAGGUUCCCAUGGCCUAUCAGAUGUGGACGGAGAUCCUCAUUUCAUGAUAGAGCUGCCAGACAGAGAUGACGCUCUGUGCUUCAACAUCAACAACAAACCAGGAACCAUUUUCACUCUGGUCAGAGACCCAGGAUCAGGCUUUGUGGUGAAUGGCCAAAUUAUUGGCAAGAAGAAAGUUGUUGCUGAUGGUAACGUCAACACCUACUUUGGACGUUUUGGUAUCAGCCACAAGAAGCUGGGAGUGAGGCUGGAGGUGAGCACUCAGGACAUCUCAGUCCUCCACAAUGGCAGACAGGUCAAGCUGCUGUGGUCUGAUACAGCCUCUAUCAAAGAAACCAAUAUGGACCUCAAGUUAACAAAGAACUGCAGCUUAACAGUGACACUGAGACACUCCAUUAAAUUUAUGGUCAUCAAACACACAAAGGUGUGGAAGAGACGCCACGAUCAGCAAGACUACCUAGGUUUCUACACCCUGGACAGCCACCACCUGUCUGCUUCAGCUCAUGGCCUGCUAGGUCAGUUCUACCAUGGGGUUGAGUUUGAGGUGACAGACCCACGUCCAGGUGAAGUUCAGGAGAAGUUAGAUGCCACCAUGUAUGUGAAGGGACAAAAAAUCAACGUGACCAGACACUGGCAGAAGGACUUCAGCAGGAACGUGAAGAAUGGAGAGAAUAUUCCCUGCUGGUUUGUCAACAAUGAUGGAACAGGCCUCAUUGAUGGAAGAGCCUCAGACUACAUUGUGUCAGGGCUUUUUAAGACAACUUGAAUCCUGAAAACUAACUUUAAAAAAAUAAAAAUAACUGUUUUGA